AUGGCUUACCGGAGACCGACCACGAGCAUCAGCAGGAUAUCCUCACAGCAGCGAGUUGGCACCCCUUUGGAUCCCGGACGUCCUACCAACACGUGUAAUGUGGACAUCUAUCUCGAUAUCAAGGACCAUGUCCCGCUUGCAGCUGCCAAGUUCUACCUGGACGAGGGCCAAUGCCUAUGGUACAGCGCAACCGACGAGCUCGUCUUGGAACACCUUUUCCCCGCCCACCAUAAAAUCUUCCCGUGGAAGCACGGGGCUUUGAAAGACCUUGGCCACGGCCCACUGACGGUCGCAUUCACCAAAGCUGACAAGGAAGUGUGCAAGGUACAGUGCCACGGCGCUUGCGAAACCCUUCACCAUCCGACAGCACCCAGAUACGACUUCUUGGACGAACGGUCAUACAUGUGCUUUCAGAGUAUGAUCUACGGGAAUCCUACGUGAAGGAACUUGAAGUCGACUUUUUCAAGCCGAGAGAGGGUAAUAACACUGAAUCCCAGUUUCUGAAGAUCUGGGAAACCAUCGACCCUCCGGGACAAUGGACCUUCACCAUACCAUACGCACACACGACCAAUUCUUCUAAGCACGUCGAGCACCCAGAGUUUUGGUUCAAAUGGCUACUGAAGCCCGAGAGAGUAUCGUCUUCCAAGACGGUCAAGCUUGAAUUCAGAAAGCGAAGAAGAGGUUCCUCUGGUGUCGCUCACGAUUGUAAGCGUUCCACUGUGCUUCACCUUUUGCAACAAGUUGACACUCGGCAGCUCGCCCCAGUCCGUCAACCCAUCGUACGCCAACUGGCCUCUUCUCCAGUCCUCGUAGUCUGCUUAAACGUGACUCCUAUUCUUCCGAUCUUUAUAUGCCACAGGAUGACCCCGCGCCAGAAGAAUUCUUGAAGCGGUUCGACCAUGCGACACUGCGCUUCGGCGAUGCUAGCCGUAAUGUCCCACGUGUAACGGCGCUAGUCCUUCACUGACUGGCGACUAGUGCGAAACGAGUACGCGAGUCAUUUCCACGUAUCUCAUGUCCCUCAUCAGGUGUCGCCUAGAGACACUCCUCGGGAGCCUUCGGUUACUUCUGCACCCAGUUUGCGUCUGCCAUCGCCUGUAUGGACCAAUGCGACGACUUCGCCUGACACCCGAGCCCAGGAUACACCCGCAACCAGUGUCGGUGAUAGCGGCAACGUCAGCAUAUCAACUAACGAUACGACUCCACAGCCUCCAGAGUACAGACUGCCAGGUCCUGCGAGGCACCAAUUCGAUUCCCAAGAGGGUGAAUCUUCUUGUACGCUCUCGAAUUCGUCCCAUGAAGAGAAAUAUGGCAGCAACUCUUCGCGAUUCUAUCGCACGCUUCCGAAGGGUCUCGACUGGAUCCGCAUCAUCGCUAUCGAGCCCGGAACUGGUUUACAUAUCACCUGCUCCUUAGAGACCCGCCAGCUGAUGAAAACACCAGAGUACGAAGGACUGUCCUACUGCUGGCAGAAAGGUGGACCCAUGAAACCGAUUGACGCGGGUAAUUUGAAGGGCUUCGAGGUCUCUGAACACCUCUGGAAUGCUCUUCGUAGACUUCGGUUGCGCAAUCGGCGACGACUAGUCUGGGUGGAUGCUAUCUGCAUUAAUCAGGAUGAUAUUGGGGAGAGGAAUCACCAGAUCACACUCAUGCGCAGGAUCUACGCUUCGGCUCUCAGGACCCUGAUUUGGAUUGGCGAUUUCAGCACGGAUUCUCCAACGUGUAUGCGGUGUUAUAGUAAUGCCGGAGAAGAGGGUUUCACUCUGUGCACGAAGACUGGACUCCCGGCGCUCGAGCACGGAGGUAUUGGAGACCUUAAGAAGUACUUAAUCCAGCUUCGACAGAGCGAAGAAGGUCGCAAGUCCGCUGAUGUCUGGUGGAAGCGGCUCUGGUGCGUACAGGAGUUCAAGUACUCAGGAAACACGCCCACCGUGUUUGUGGGUCCACACGCUAUCAGUUGGGGACACUUUGUUGAACUAUUCGACCCCGGAAACAGCCCACUCACGCUUUUCCGCAGGCUUGAAAAAUACUCUGACAGAGACGACCACACCUUGUUCUCCCUCCUAUCCAUGACUGGCCACUUUCGUUGUACUGAUCCUCGUGACCGAGUUUUCGCCUUGCUGGGAAUGUCAAGACCCGCGCCGAAUACAAUCAGGCCAGAGCCAGACUACAGGUCCACAGUAGUCGAGGUCAUAGAAGAUGCUUGUCUGUACCUCAUUCAGGAAGCAGGUACAGUCGACGUGCUUCUGGACGAAAGAGUAGAUCGUACCAAACGGAGUGUGGAUUUCGAUGGCGAGUUCAUGCCCUCGUGGUUACCCGACCUCACUUGCUUGCAGAAACGGCGGGAGACUAUCAAGGGUCCCAAUGACUACAACGCCGGCGGCAACCAGGUCUCGAAGGUGCAAUUAAUAACCAAGGCCCCAAGUGGCAAAACAGAUGCAAUCGAGCGCGACACUGCAAGAACUCUCAUCAUCCGAGCCAUCCCUUUCGACGUCAUCGUCGCACGUACCGAAGAGGAUGACAUUCCACGGCAUGAAGAGUCGAACGAGGGAUGGCUAAUCUACAACAGUCUCCACCGACGAGGAGGAGUCAUUGACAAGAUCUUGAACGUGCUGAAGUACAACUUCGAAGAUCAUCAAGCUCGUGCGAAGGCCAUGCAUCUUCCUCCAGCGCCGUUCUUGGGUCGGCUCAUGCUUGAUUACCUGUUUGAAGACAAGCGAAGCAUCUUCGAAGAGCACGACAGAAGGGCGCGCGGUUACCGCCGAGACGAGGUCAUGACCUAUCGCCGACAAGAAAAGGAGGAUCUCGCUUUCCUCAAAAAGGUUGGAUCGUCUCUCGAUCAAAAGUUCGUGAAGAAGCGCUGGCAUACCAAGAUUGAGAACGCUCAUAACCGCGAUAUCUUCAGACCUGUGCGUCUGCGGACGGCACUGGACAUGAAGGAUGAGACCAUUCUUACGGACUUCAAUGUCGCCCGCGACGUCGGAAAUCUCUUUGCUUAUGCUCGACACACAAGGGACCGAUACUACUACUCCACGAAAACCUUCGAUCCACCCAUGCGCAAGGACGCGCUUCGGAAAAGGACGAUUGACGAGGUCCGUCAGCUGCCCACGCAGUUCAGCGCCCCAGACGACGACAUCGACAGCAUUGAGAUCCACGAGUAUAACGAGAAAAGCCGCGAACGAGACUUUUUCAAGACGGCGGCGGAAUUCAUAGGACUAGGUACGAGCAGCUUAGCAGUAGGAGAUGAGGUCAUUGUUCCUAUCGGAUCUAGUCGCCCCUGGAUUGUCCGCAAGACGCCUGGUCUGGGCGAUGUCACUUAUCGAUUCAUCGGAGAGGCGGUCAUUCCCAUGAUCAUGUCGGAAGGCUGGGCGCAAGUUGCUGCUGAGUCGGCCAAGGACUACUAUAUCAAGUGA